AUGUCCAUCCCACGACUCAAAGUUGCAUUUUCAACAGAGCUCGAUUAUUGCAUGGAAAAAGCACAUCGAUUUUGGAACAUGACAAUAGGAGAGACCGAUGAACUGAAAUACAAUGAUAAUUAUAAUAGAUAUACAUUGAAUAGAACAACGGAAGAGUUGAAGAAAACUUCGAAAAAAAACAUUGCUCAUGGUUUACGAAAACUGAGGUUUGCCUAUCAGUAUUUGGAAAAUGGAAAAAUCAUUCACUUACAAGAAUGGAAUGCAUUAGCACAAGAGGUAUUCGACAAAACUAAAUACUACUAUGAGUGGAUGCAAUUCGAAGACACUUACAAACCUAUUUAUGAAGAAAAAAGCUGCAAUUUCAAACCUUACUGCUCAAAAGAUAAUCAAGAGGGAAGAAAGCGCGUACAUGAAUUCAUGAACUCCACACAAGCAUUGACACAAGAAGACCAAGAAACUGUUCAACACUCGGUGCUCUAUCUUUUCAAAGACGUGCAUUCCUUGACAAAAUUAUUCAAUAUUGAUGUGUCACAUUUUGAUCCAUCAUGUGAAACAACAACUCCACAGCAAGUCGCUCAAUGCACAACUUUUCAACUCUCUUUGAAUCUCAACAUGUUUUAUUUAAAUUAUGAUCGUAAAAUAAGUAAUGAAGUGUUGCAAUGUGAUGGUGCAAUCAUUGAGCUAAUGUCUUCUCCACAACAAUUCCGAUUAGUAUGCGCUCCGAGAUGGUUUAUUCCAGAUAUUCGAGACCAACCUGAAAUUGCGAUCAGUUGUCAAUCCUUGUCAUGCUUUAAACUACCCUAUGGUGACAAAGUGAGUUUAUUCUUCCAUAAAAACGCUUGGACAAUUGCCUGUUCAGAAAUUGAACGAGCAAAUUGGAAACGAUGGGUAUUGUUGGAUAAUGUUCCGUCCAAUUCUGUGAAUUCAUGGAGAGAUGAUUUUUGGAACAUUUGGAAGAAUUUGAAAAUGGAAUUGCCUCCAGAAAAUAUGCAAGACAAAACAUUUCAUUUUGUGUGGAAUAAGCAUCAAGGCAUUUCUUUGGUGUCCGUUCGUGUGAAUCAGACAUGUCAAAUAAUAUCACAUUCAGAAAUGGUCUCGCUAUGUGAAAAGUUGAAUUGGAAUGUUUUGGAACCAAUGAAAGAAUUGGAAUUCUCAACUCUUUCAUCCGGCAAGUUGUUUUGGAAGCAAGCACUUGAAAAAGUGCCUCAUUAG